AUGUUUUUUGCUGCUGUUAAAACCCUUUUACUUAUUUCAAAAUUAUUGCCCAUAAACACACACAAUUACAUUGAUCACAUAAGGCAGCGUUUUGGGCCUCUAACCGCUAAGCAUGUCUUCUGGUAUGCAAAAUUAAAAAUCAAACAAGAAAAAAUUAAAAAAGAUUUGGAAUAUCUCAAAAUCUGCAAACGUGAAAAACUGAUUCCAACAUUCGUGAAAAUCAAAAUACCAGCAACUCACCAACAUUACAAACGUGCCAUAAAUUUAUUCCGAAUGCAACUUAUAAAUGAUGAAAUCAAAAUCAAAAAGAAGAAAUUGACGAUUAAUUACAAGAAUUGUCAAACUAUGAUGUCACUGUUACACGAUAACAUCACCGGUCUUACACUAAUCAAAUUGAAAUCUAUAUUCAAACAAUUGAUUGAACAAAAACUGUUCAAAUGGACCAUAACUCACAACAAUAAGCUCCACAUGCUACGAAACGAGAAAACCAGUUCCCAUAAACAAACAACAAAUGCAGAGAAACUGAACAUCAUAAAAAAUUUAUCUUCUCGACAACUGAACAAUGAUGAGACAUCAGCACUAGAACAUGGUCUCGAUUAUGUAUUUCCUCCCACAAAAUUCGAUGACCAAACUUUCAUAUCGAACAUUGAAAAUUUCUUUGUCAACAUACUGGGACACACAACUGACAAACGGGACUAUGAAGAAAUCAAUGCCGAUGAACAAACAAUUUACAAUCUAACACCAACUCAACUUGAAUAUGCUAAAAAAAUAAGAUCCUCAUGCAACUCAUUCCGGAAAAUAGCAAUGAAAGAAAUCACUAAUCAACAUCAUAUAUCAAAACGAACCGAAAAAACACUAAAAAAUCUAUCAAAGGACAAAUCCAUCAUUAUCACUCGACCAGACAAAGGCAGAGGCAUAGUUAUCAUUAACCAAAGUGACUAUGUCAAAAAAAUGAAUGAUAUUUUGUCAGACACAAAAACCUUCAGACAAAUUGAUGAAGAUCCGACUAUCAAACAAGAGAACAAACUCAACUCAAAAUUAUCACAACUGAAAAAUGAUAAUUUCCUCACGACAGAAGAUUACAAUUACGCCAAAUCACGUGGUUCUCAGCCCGGUAGAAUUUAUGCAUUACCUAAGAUCCACAAACAACCAGAUCCAGAUGGAAUCAUUCCAUUUCGCCCAAUCGUCUCCUCAUCAAAUACUUACAAUCACAAACUGGCAAAACUAUUAGCAAACAAAUUAGAUUAUCUCAGAAAAAACUCCACAAUUGUGAAUGAUACAUUUUCCUUCGUCGAAUGGCUUCACAAAUUAAAAAUUGAUCCUAACGAACACAAAUUAUUUUCAUUUGAUAUUACCUCUUUGUUCACCAAAGUACCACUUGAUCGAACGAUCGAAAUCAUAUUAGAAAAAUUGUAUGACAAAAAACAUACAUGCAUAGUUAGCAAAAAACCUAAAACCACGUGGUGUGACAAAUGCAAGAACAGAUAUGAAAUGAAAUUCUUACUUGAACUCGCCACCAAAGAAACCCAUUUCAUAUUCAACAACAAGACUUAUUGCCAAAUAAAUGGAGUAGCAAUGGGCAGUCCACUCGGUCCAUUAUUCGCUGAUAUUUAUAUAAAUUAUCUUGAACAGAAAUUCAUGAAACGAAUAACAAAAAACGGAGUCGAACAUUACAAAAGGUUUGUCGAUGACACCUUCGUAAUAGCACAUAAAGAUACGAACAUAAAGACAAUUCUUGACAUAUUAAACAGCUAUGACGUCGAGAUACAAUUUACAUGCGAGGAAGAAAAAGAUCACACCUUAUCCUUCCUGGACGUGAAAAUCCAACGUACAACAUCUCUAUUAACUCCAUUCAUUACAAGUAUUUAUCGAAAACCGUCCUUCACUGGAUUAAUAUUGAAAUGGUCAUCAUAUGUACCAAAAACAUACAAAGUCAGUGCCAUCAGUUCAAUGAUAUACAGAGCAAUUAAGAUUUGUUCCACUUUCGAUUUAAUGGUUGAUGAAUUCAAUUUCAUUCGAAAUAUUGCAUUAAAAAAUGAAUAUCCAAUCAAUUUCAUAGAAUCACAAAUUCGAAAAACACUCAACAGAUAUUACAAUUCGUCAAAUGAACUUAAACCUACAAAACCUGUAUCGACUAUGCCCGAUACCAAGAAGACAACCCAGUUAUACAUUGAUAUUCCAUAUUUUGGUCCAACAACCAACAAAUUCGGUAAAAAAUUGAUAAAAUUUGCCUCUUCUACUCAACCUCUCUUGAGUGUACAACCAAUACAACGCCCAGCACCCGCGAUUUCCAGUUUGUUUUCAUUAAAAGACAAGAUACCCAUUUCUCUUCAAUCAGGUGUAGUAUAUAAAAUUCCGUGUCACGAUUGUGCAGCGUCUUAUAUCGGCAAGACAAUUCGACACGUUCAGCGACGUCUUUAUGAACACGGCAAACCAACUUCACUUGAAGAAAGUACGACAGUUCCAGUAUCCACGACUCAAGAUACAGUAAACGACUUACGACGAUCCACGCGGACCAGAAAAUUAAUCGAAAGAUAUGGAACACUACCAAUCGAAAACCAAAACAAACACAUCGAUGAAAACUUACGCAAAGAAACUAAAACUCUUCAAUCAGCCUUAUUCAAACAUCAAGUCGAUAAUCAACACAAAAUUAACUGGAAUGACAUAAAAAUUAUUGAUAAAGAUCCACAACCAUAUCGACUUCUAAUACGUGAAUCUUUGGCCAUAAAGCAACUAAAACCAACGUUAAAUCGAACAGUUAACUCUGCACCCUUGUUAGUUUAUCCCGAAGGUUUAAUGAAGAACACACCAACUACUAAACCCGAACGUACAGUGACUGCAUCAACAAACCAUGGAGGAGGAAAUGAAGUUAAAUAA